AUGGCCGGUGCCGGGGCCACCAAACGAGCAGCGUCCCCCAGUCGCGCCAUCUCUCCGCCUCCGGUCAAGCGAAAGGUGGAAUCCACCAUCACUAAGAGAGCUGUGUCCUCGUUUUUCACCCCUGCUUCACAAAAGAAACCCGAGCAGAUCACUUGGCGCGUGGUGAACAACAGCGCCAUAAUAGGUAAGUAUGUCGCUGAAGCCGAGCGCAAACAGACGGCCGAAAAGCCCAAAGUCGCUGCCUUUGAUCUGGACUCGACCCUGGUGUCCACAGCAUCGGGAAACACAUUUCCUAAAAGCUCAGCAGACUGGAAGUGGUGGCAUAGUACGGUGCCGACCAAACUCAGAGAGUUAAAUGAGAAGGGAUAUCAUGUGAUCGUCAUAACGAACCAGAAAAAGAUCAGCUUGAAAAAGGAGACCAAGGUGGGCAACGGCGACUCCAAAAGUCUUACAAACUUCAAGGAAAGAGCUGCUGCCGUUAUGAAGCAACUGGAUAUCCCAAUGAGCGUCUACGCUGCCACAGAAGAUGAUGGUUACCGGAAACCCAGAACAGGACUGUGGACAGAGUUCCUAGACGAUUACGACUUUGACAUUUCUGGUGUCGACCUCCGCCAUUCUGUUUUUGUUGGCGAUGCCGCUGGACGGCCGAGAGACCACUCGCAAGUAGAUCGUGGGUUCGCUAUCAAUGCUGGACUGUCCUUCAAGACCCCCGAGGAAUUUUUCCUGGACGCUGAUCCAGAACCACUCGUGGAACCGUUCGACCCGUCCACGUAUCUGCAAGAAGCUCCUGGUGACGAUGUGUCGCCUCCCUUUUCCGGAGAGAGCCCACUUGAAUUGGUGAUCUUCUGCGGCAGCCCGGGAGCGGGCAAGUCAACGUUCUACUGGGACUAUUUAGAACCCUUGAAAUACGAACGAGUCAACCAAGACCUCCUCAAAAAUCGCCCUAAGUGCAUAAAAGUGGCAAAGGAACACCUUGCAGCCGGAAAGUCUGUGGUGGUUGAUAAUACCAAUGCCGACGCAGAGACGAGAGCCCAGUGGGUUGCAGUGGCUAGGGAGUUCAAGGUGCCGAUUCGCUGCGUAUAUUUCACUGCUUCCCCGACCCUCUGCCGGCAUAACAAUGCGGUCCGUGCCGCUAACCUAUCCCUGAAUCCGGAAUCCCGUACCCUUCUUCCCGGUAUCGCCUUCGGGGACUUCCUUCGUCGUUUCAAGGAGCCUUCCAUGGACGAGGGUUUCAAAGAUAUCAUUCGGGUAGAGUUCCAGUUCCGGGGAGAUGAGGAAGCAAAGCGUCUUUGGAGCCAAUACUGGGUGUAA